AUGCCUGAAGAUGAGCGAGAGGCAAGACAAGCCGCCCUCUACAAGGUUGUCACCACCCACACUUCACAUACCUGGGCCGCUGUCCUCGUUAGGAUGUUACUCUCUCAGAUCGCCACAGAGCACUCCGCCCAUCAAACUCCACUCCUCGAACAGACCGCUUUGGUUACUUCGUACAAGAAUGCCAAGCGGCGGCUUUUCCUCUUCGAUUAUGAUGGAACCCUCACUCCCAUCGUCAAGGUUCCCAGUAUGGCUGUACCUUCCGAAUCCACCUUGCAAGCAUUAGAGAAGCUCUCGGAAGAUCCCAGGAAUCUCGUUUAUAUCAUCUCUGGUCGUGAUAGCGGCUUCUUGGAGCACCAUCUUGGUCACUUGAAGAAAGUCGGCUUCUCUGCUGAGCAUGGAUGCUUCAUCAGGGAACCUGGCACGACUACAUGGAAGAAUUUGACGGAGAGCCUUGAUAUGAGCUGGAUGGCGGAGGUAGAGGAGUUAUUUGAGUACUACACCGAG